AUGGCCUUCAGCACAAAUUUCAAAGUUUUUGGUAUCACGACAACCACUCUGUUACUCCUUACCGCCGUCAAAGCGAGCAUUGCAAUCCCCACCACCGGCACUACGGCGCUGAGAGAAGAGGCGCAUAAGAAGAACAUCACAAUUGGAUCUGGAGCUAUCAACCCGACAUACCUUGAAGAUCCUGUCUUCGCGGCUGUUCUCGCUGAGCAAUUCAACAGCUUGCAUCCUGAGAAUGAGAUGAAAUGGUCUUUCAUCAACCCUACGCCAGGCCAUUACAACUGGGAUCCCAUCGACCUCAACAUCACCAAUCCCAAAGCGUUGCGUGCUGCGAUGACGACUCAUUUCGAAGCUAUCAUGCACCGGCACGAAGGACGGAUCGACCGAUGGGACGUAGUCACUGAGGCUCUUAAAACAAUGGGUGGAGGCUUAAAUGCGAAUGACUUCUCCAGACAACUUGGUCCGGGUUACAUCAACGAAGCCUUCCGUACCGCACGGGCUGCAUCCCCUGGAGCCAAGCUAUACAUCAACGAAAACCAAGUAGAAGUGCUUCCCUGCAAGCGUCAAGAGCUUGAAGACCUGGUUUUUAGAAUCGUUGCAGACGGCGUUCCAAUCGAUGGAGUUGCCCUGCAAAUGCAUAUUACCGAAGUCGCUCCAGUACACGGCGUGAUAACGGACAUGGUUCGUUUCUACAAAGCGCUCGGGCUGCAAGUCGAAAUCGCCGAAAUGGACGUGCACACACUCAAUAAAAUACUCCAGACUCAGAUCUAUGGUGCCGUCGUCAAGGAGGCUUUGGAGGCAGGAAUCACAGAUAUCAACUUCUGGGGCUUUACCGAUAAGCAUGCUCACACUUGGGUGCCAGGCGCAAAGCCGCUCAUGUUUGAUGAGAACUACAAACCAAAGGGAGCUUUCUAUGCGACUCAUAGUGAUCUAGAGGAGUUUGUCAAUGAAUGCUAG